AUGUAAUAGAUAAAUUUCUUAAUCUAUUUACAAUUAAAACUGAUGCAGAAAGGUAUGCCAAUAAAUUAUAGGUAUAUUUUUAUAUUUAUUUUAAGAAAGAUAACUUAGGUCUACUUCAGAAGUUGUUGAAUAACAAAAAAAAUUAAAGAAUCUUAAUUACAAUUCUAUUUAUAACGACCUAAAUGUAUAGCUAAGCGAUUAGAAGAUAGACAGGAUAAGGUAGAUGAAGUUAUAAGAAUUGAGUCAUAAUUAGACAAUUUUAGGUAUCUUACAUAUUUAUUUUAAAAUAUAGGGAAAAAAUAAAUUAAUUAAAGAAACUAAUAGUGUCUAAAAAAUACUGGAUGA